AUGUCCAACAGCGACAUCCCGUUCGACUUCCUCGCCGAGUUGGGGUUGUCAUCGACCGAAAUCGACGAACUUAGUGCAGGUGCCCCCGACCUAUCAGGCUCAAUCGACGACUAUACUGCUUUUGAUUCUGGAUUUUCUACAGAUCCACGCCUGCUCGUUCCGUAUGAACCAGGGCCGUACUUUUGGGACAAUAGUCUUGGAGACGCGGCCGAAGUCAACCCACCUGCACACGAUGCACCGGCUACCAACCUCUCCGUGCCCACACCGCCAUUGCACUCGCACGAAUCUCGUGAGACGUCGGUGGCAACGCUUCCGGAAAAAGGCGUAUCAAAUCCCGAGUUCUGGUGGGAGGGAGCUGAACUACUUGCGAGAGAGACCGGAGGUCCAAGCCGAAUCGUGCCGCCUUCCCUGCUCCACCUUCCCAACGUUAUGUCUGACGCCGCGUCGACGCAUGGCUCAAGUUCUGCUGCAUAUAACACAAGUAGUGCGUCGUCUUCAGUCCGUUCGUCCGUGCCGCCUUCCCUGCCUCAAGUCCCCAAUGUUACGCCUGACGCCACCGCAUCCACAUCCGGCUUUGCUUCUGCUGCACGCACUGCGUCUUCUUCAUACCUGUCGUAUACUGCAGGCCCGUCUGGCACAUCCAUCGCGGGCCCUUCUUCCGACGCGAGCGGUUCUGGCAUAUAUGUUGCCGACCCUUCAUUGAUCGUCGGCGACCGCUGGGUACCCGUGGCUGCGCCUCCGCCGCUUCAUGCAGACUUUGGAACUUAUUCGGCAGGAGCUUCUCCGUCGCAUCCUGCAGCUCCCGCAUAUUCCGUUGGCUUCUCACUACCCCGCGACGAUGCGCCACAAGAACUCUCAAGGCCAGGAAGCCGACAUCAAGUCGCGCAUACCGGUCCUACCACAUCGUCAAUUGCGCCAGGGCCUCCAGACGUUGCCGUUCAGGCACAGAAGACAGCUGCGAGGCCACGGAGAGCGCGCUCGGCGGCAGUCGAUGCAUACCCAGACGUCGUUGAUGGUCACGCCAUGUCUUCCACCAUGUCCACCACAUCUUCUGCCCUCAGUAUGCCUGCCCCACAACGAGCAUCCGUCGCGCACGCCCCAUCCGUCGCGUCGCGCGCCCAACUCACGUACCCACCGUUACCUCGCGCGCACUCUGUUGGUCCUGUAGGCCAUCAUCAACCCCUCUUACCUGGCGCGUCAGGCAUGCCGCUCAAUCGUGCGCAUACGAUGACCGGCAGGAGCAAGACACCUGUCCCUCGCCCUCGCAACUCCUGGGCACAGCAUUAUAUGCUAGAACAUGGGGUUCCCUUGCGGCCAUACCCGAUACCGCCACCCAAGCAGGAAGACCACACGCAUCAUCAUCCUCUUCACCGUACUGCCGCUCGUGUUCAGGCGCCACUUGAUUGGGACGGAGCGUCGGGACAGGAUCCUGCUCUGCCUCCGUCUGGCGUUGUUAUUGCUCCCGAACGCCCAUUUGAGUGGGCCUCAGCCUACGCUCCUCCCCUGCCCAUCCCACCACCACCGCCUACUAUCUUGGUCUCUGAUCCCCCGUUCAAUCCGGAACCUCCGCUCUUCCCCGAUCCUGAAACCGCGCAUGACUUCAAGCGUUCAGGACCACCCCUCGCGCACGGUGUCUCAUUACCCGGCCCAUCGCGCCUUUCUCCCACGGCCGCGCCAGGUUCCCCACCGCCUAUUCAAGCCCCUCAGAAGAAGAGGGCACCGCGGCGACCAACUGCAAAGAGCCAGCCCAGUCGUGACGAAUCUACAGAAGUCCUGACGGCACCCGCAGCAAGAUACCCCUCCACAUCGCGCGCCCUGCCGUUACCCGCUCUAGCUCCGUCAACGCCCCCCUCCAAAAAACGUCCGUCAAAACCGCCUGUCAAGGCAGAGCCCGCUGGUGGGCGGGACUCUGCUGAGGAAGACCCCGACCCCUCUGAGGAAGAUUACGACUCCUUUGAGGCAGACACCGACUCCUUUGAGGCGAACCCCGACUCCUUUGAGGCAGACCCCGACUCCGUUGAGGCAGACCCCGACUACUAUCGUCAGUGGAAAGAGGGCUCGUACAUCGCCUACCAGCUGGACACUAGCCAUUGGGCCAAACAAUUCCCCGAAGGCUCCUCCGCGCGGCUGAGUUUAGAACAGCUUCAGCCGCAGAUGCACACGCAUGUCGGGUUCACGGGUAUGUCAGAUGUGCUGGACCACAUCAAGGACGGUCAGACGCCUGAGGUGCAAGUCAAUUAUCUCGCAACGAAGGAACUACCCAUCGGGGACUUCGGCAAGUGUUACCUUCAGGUGCACCAGUACUUCUUCAACCGCGACGCCUUAGCCAAGCAAACCGCUCGUGGGAAUAGACUCGCCGAGUUCGUCGGAGCUAACCUUGAUCGCGUCCUGGCGGGCCAGGACAUUGUGUGGCCAGAGCUAGAAGAACAUCCGUGGUACUCGCAGCGGUUCGCGGGGAGCAGGCAGUACGCCGUCUUCGGCACGAGAUUAUUGGUCACCGACUACGAGGACUCGGAUGCAAGGUUCGAUCUGGGUAGCGAGGGCGUGAGGGUGAUGAACGCAAGACAUUUCCGCGACUGGGCAGACCUGCAGAGGUUAUGGAAGACGCCAGAGGAUCCCCAGCUGCCUCUCACCGACCGGUGGUUCUUUCCCGAUCAGCCCCUCCCGGCGAGAGUCUGGAGAGACGCGGGUGUGGCACCGCUCACUCCCCACGAUCCUCCACGGUUUCUACGUGAAGUGGCAUUCGUCACCGAAUGGUACCAUUAUUGGAGAGACCCAAGCAACAGACCGCGUCCUCGGGACGUCCUGUAA